AUGUCAACCCUCCGCGAGCAGAUCGCGGCUCGGCGGGCCGUAGCGCGCUCGUCGCCGGCCCGCAAGAAUCCGGGCUUCGCGCCGACUGCCAGACUCGACGACAAGACGGUGUCAGGCCAGGUCUCAAAGGCGCGCCACAGUGGCAAGCUUGACCUCAUGUCGCUCGACCUCCCCAACAUCCCGGCCGACGUAUAUACCGACCUCCUCGGCAUCCCUGAGGACGAGCUCUCCAACCCUCCACCGAAGCGCGACUCGCCAGAGGGCACCCCAAGAAAGCCGAGCAUGCCGGCGAUUGACACACUGGCCCUCAGCGACAUCAGUGAUGAGGAUGCGCGCGCACGCGCCUUCGGAACCCCGCCCCCCAAGAAACCAUGGAGCGAGCCCGAGGAGCUCACGAGCUUCAAGGCCGGCAUCAACCGCAUCAAGGAGGUGGACAUUGAGCUCGCUCUGUUUGGCGGGCUGCGCACCCUCGACCUCAACCACAACCAGCUCACCUCGUUGCCGGACACCAUUGCCGAUCUGCUCCAGCUCGAAUGGAUCGACCUCUCCUUCAACGCGUUCACAGCCAUUCCCCCAGCUCUCCUCCUCAUCCCCAAACUCGAGGUUAUCAAUCUCGCCAACAACUCUAUCUCCAUCCUCGACCUCUCGUCGCCCGUCAAGCCGUCAGAGGAGGGUCUCAGCUACGGCACCGGUUUCCUGAUCUCUGCAUUCGAGCGCCGCGAUAGAGCCCCCAAGACGGUGCUCCCCACUCUCCGUACGCUCAACCUCGCAAACAACAAGCUCUCGAACGAGUCUCUCACUGACCUCGCUGGCAAGGAACAACUCAAGCUUAGAGUCAUCACGCUCUCUCAUAACAAGUUGAGCGGCGUGCUCGACAUUAACGCGUCUGGUCUCAGUCCCAGCCGCCUUCCGGAACUCGCGAGCCUCGUCCUCGACGGAAACUCUGACCUCCACGACAUUGAGGGAGACCUCCCAGACGGCUGUGCAGUCAAGAUGGACGAGUGUGGUUUCGCACGCACCGGCGGCGGCAUAGGCUCGGCUCCGCCCCCUGGCUCGCCCGUUAAGAAGCCCUCAGUCAACGGUGCAGCUGCGUACACACCAACACCGGGUGGCCCAUCCGACAUCCCCAACCCGAGCGCGACCGUCGCGUUCAUCACCCACCCUGCAGCGUCGUUCGACUCGGAGCCCCUCGCUCUCGAGAUGGACGUGUAUGUGCCCGGCUCCGCGUCCGAGACCAAGCACCCCGUCGUCAUCUGGUGGCACGGCGGCGGCCUGCUGCAGGGCAACAAGGAGAACCUUCCGCCGCAUCUCCGGCGUAUGCCUAAGCGGCCGCUCGGUUCCAAAGGCGAGCACGCGAUUGUCAUCUCGCCAAACUACCGUCUCGCGCCGCAGGCGCCCAUCCUCGACGUUUUGGCCGACGUCGACGCAGCUAUCAACUUUACGCGUACGAAACUCGACGCGGUGCUCGCAGCCAAGGGCCUAAACGCGCGCGUGGACCCCGACCGCAUCGUGCUCUCAGGCGGCAGCGCGGGCGGCUACCUGGCCCUCAUGGCUGGCCUGCCCGUACCCACGAGCAUCCCCAACGCCGAUGUGGGCGGAUACCGCGGUUCGACGGGAUUGGGGUUCACGCCGCGCGCCAUCGCCCCGUUCUACCCCAUCACAGACCUCGAGCACGUCUUCUGGGCGACUGAGACCGACCCGAUGCCCUGGUGGCCGACAGGUAGCGUACCGGACGCCGCUGCCCAGCCGCACCUGAACACGCGAGACCCGCCCGUCGGCUUCGCCGUGUCGGGCGGGCCCCGCUCCAUCCUCUACCCGUACAUGUUGCAGCAUGGGCUCUUCCCGAACCUGCUGUUCCGGAACCAGCGGUCGUGCGGGCACGGACUGGAGGGAUACCGCCCCAACCCGCACAGCAUGAGCGUUACGACGCGUGCGCGCAUGCUCUCGGAGCGCGGGGUUGAGCGGCCCCCCAUCUUCCUCGCGUACGGCUCGAUCGACGACAAGGUCCAGCCACUCGAUGAGAGUAUUGAGGUCCUGAAGGCGACCAAGGGCUCCUUCGAGCUCGAGGUCAUUCCGGGCGCUGACCACGCGUACGACGAGGACCCCGCCGAGCAGUGCGAGAAGUUUGCGGCGUGGCUCGAGGGUGUGAUCUAG